AUGGGAGAGUCUCUUGAAUUGAUCGGGAAGCGUUUACUCUUGCUUCUGGGCGACGGCGAGACUGCCAACGGAUCCGAGUGUAAGCAGACCCCGCGAUCCCGAGACUGGCUGCGGGGGACAGUGCGAGCAGUGAGCGUCAUUGGCCUGGCCGCUGCGGACGCUAGCAGUGGAGAAGCGACAACAACAACUCCUGCCGCGGGACUGACGGUGUUUGUAGAGUUUGAGAAUGCGUCGCAGCGGUGUUCGUGGGUGCAGGUGUAUGAUGAUACCGUUAAAGCUCUGUUGGUCGAGGAUUCCAUAGUUUGGGCCAAUAGGAGCGCUACUACUGCGACUGCCGGGUCAACCACAGCCUGGCCUGCUCUGGCUUUCCAUUCCAUUGUGGACAGAGUAGGUCUAGGACCUGUGCUUCCGGUGCAGUAUUUUGGAAGCAACAACCUUGAGUUCCUACCUGACAAAAAAUCUAUCCACAGUUUUGAGUUUGAAAAAGACAUAAGACAUCCUCUGCUAUUGGAGCAGCCCUCUGUGCAGACUGCCAUCUCCAGCUGGCGAAGUGAUUUUGAACUGCAGGAGAUUCUCAGGAAGGGUUCAUACACAAUUCAAGGACGGAAGGUAUGUGUGUACCAACCAGAGCUUGAGGAUUGCUGGGCGCUAGGACUUGUGUCACAACAUGACGUGAUGUCACACAUAAUGGAGAUUAUGUUGGAUAAGAAUAAAGAAAAGCAGCUGGUGGACCCACGUGUUAUACAUGUCAUGCUGGGGGAUGAAGAGCUGGGUAAGAAUGGCCGGCAAAAGAUGGACAGUGAAACAUUGAAGGGUGAUAAUAGUCGCAGACGCAGGACAGCCUCCGAGGAGGAAGACAUGAACUUGAAGCGUUUUAAAGGAGCAGCAGAAUUGGUAGCCAAUGAGCAGAGAUGUGAUGAUUCCAAUAAAAACUUGACAGAGGGGGCUGAUGUGUGGGGAGGAGACGCUGGUGAAAAAGUCAGCAGCACAACCAAAAAUGGCAGCGCCUCAGAGGGAAGCUUUCUUCAGACCCAGGUGUCAUCAUCCGAAACAAAUUGCUCCAUCCAGAUGGAUCAGUCAAAUGCUACCCCAAUGCGAUAUUACGCCCAUGUGAAAGAAAAUGGUCGGAUGCUCUCCACACAAGGGGCAGCGGACUCGACCACUUCAGUUUCUCAUACUCCCACCCCUCCACCUCUCAAACCAGCCCCCUCUGCCUUUUCUGCCACAUCUUUCCCCUCACUAGGCCAGAUGCCAAGCCUGGUCCCUGGGGCCCCAGUCCACAAAGCUUCCCCAUCUCCCCUGCCAGUCAGAGAAGAGGCCUCCAAAUCAUUUUCCAAAACUUCCGCUCUUGUGUCCCCUGGGCCCGUCACUAUUUCUUGGUCUUCGGCUGAUAGCAGUCCCAGUGUGGCAUUGUCAGCCUCUGGAGGCUUUACUCCUAAGCCUUCCACUUGGGGAAGCCAGACAGAGGGAUCUACUAAGACUGCAUUGGGUUAUCGGCUACCAUCAGCUGUGCCUUCUGCUCCUGUAUUUGGAGAGGUUACCUCACAGACCAAUGGAUCUAUGACUGGUUCUGCAACAUCCAAGGACACUUCCAGACCCUUUGGAUUUGGCUUUGGUAGAGAUAAGAGUGAGACUCAAUCCCAGCCCGACAAAAACUUGUUUUUCCAGUGCAUGACACAGAAUUCAGACUCCAACCAAGUCCAAACUGGUGCUCAAAGCCAAUCCAAGGACACGAAUUACUUUGCUGCUGUGUCUGAAACCCUGAAUAAGGAUCCCACAAGCCUUUUCAAAUCUGUUACAGAAGUGCAGAAAAAGCCAGAGCAGACCAAAAUGCCUGACAUUCACCCAACAGGGAAUGGUGUGCUUAGUAACUCUUCACCAGCCUUCCCAGGCAUGGCUUCUUCCUCUGUUGCUAGAAAGGCCUCUGCUAUUGUGGGUCCCGCAACCGCAUCGGGACUACAAAAUCUUUUAAAAAGUUGUAAUAAUGGUACAUUGACAGGGGCUGUGGUGAUGCCAUCGAAUUUUAAUCCCUCAGAAAGCCAUCAGAACCUUUUUCUCCAGAGCUCUAAAGAGCCAGUGAAUCCAGCGAAUCCAUUUUUGGCCUAUGGGGACAAAAAUAUGCCCACGUUAUUUGCUGGACUCUCCAAAGUUGAGUCUGAGUCUGACAACAAGCCUAAUCUUUUUAUUAUGUCAGAGCCACCAAAGGCCAUUCUAUCUUCUCCUUUCUCAGCACUCUCAUCUUCUGCUUCACCCAGCUCUUCAACCUCUCCUGCACCAACCUUGUCUCAAAGGGCUCAGAAUGAAGGCGCUUCUAUUAAAGAAGAAAAGUUAGUUGGGGAAACGCCAUCAUUCAAGUCGGGUAGCUCUGUUUUUACUACAGUUGACCCUGCCAGAGCAGGCAGCUCUGUCUUUGGAACAACCGCCCCCUCUAGAAUGGAUCAACUGCCUCUGUCUUUUGACCACAGCCUGACUCAGAAGUUUGCCUUGGAGGAAAGAGCACAGUCAACCAAACGUGAUUCCGACCUAAGCAGUAACAGUGACCUGUCAGACCUGAGUGAGAAUGAGGAGGGUCCAGACAAAGGUCAACCUCAUGGUGAGUCGUCACAGUCUGGAAAGGAUGGAGCCAUGAUGCCGAAAGCUAAAAUCCAAGGCGCUGCUAAAAGCCGUCCUCGUACUAAGCCUUUCAAAGUGGGCCAGUCUGUACUGAAAGACCUUAGUAAAGUGCGCCGUCUCAAGCAGUCUGGCGAGUCUUUCCUCCAGGAUGGCUCGUGUAUCAACGUUGCUCCACACUUACACAAGUGCCGAGAGUGUCGCCUGGAGCGCUAUCGUAAAUCUCGCAAUGCAGAUGACGAUAGUGAGGAUGACGAUGAUCCAAAUGUGGCUUGCCGUUUCUUCCACUUCCGAAGGUUGGCUUUCACUCGUAAGGGUAUGUUGCGCGUUGAAGGUUUCCUAAGCCCUCAGCAGAGUGACUCAAUGGCUAUGGGUCUGUGGCUACCUGCACCUACUGUGCAAGAGGGGCUCGACCUUGAUACAUCCAAGUACAUCCUGGCCAAUGUAGGUGACCAGUUCUGCCAGCUGGUCAUGUCCGAGAAGGAGGCUAUGAUGAUGGUGGAACCACACCAGAAAGUUGCAUGGAAACGUGCCGUCCGAGGGGUGAGGGAAAUGUGUGACGUGUGUGAGACCACUUUGUUCAACAUCCACUGGGUGUGUCGCAAGUGUGGCUUUGGCGUGUGUCUAGACUGUUAUCGGCUUCGUAGGAACAGGCCAAGAGAUGAUUUAGAUGAAGGUCCAGUGGAUGAGGUUUUCUCUUGGCUGAAGUGUGCAAAAGGCCAGCCUCAUGAUCCAGAGAACCUCAUGCCGACACAGAUUAUCCCUGGGACAGCUCUGUACAACAUAGGUGACAUGGUGCACCUAGCAAGAGGAAAAUGGGGUAUUAAAGCCAAUUGCCCCUGUGCCAGUCGACAUGCUAAAUCCCUAGUCCGCCAUAGUGCCCCCAAUGGGAUUUCACAGGCACCGCCGAACAGUGGUGGGAUCCCCGGAGCUACAGCUUCUGCUUUUGGUGCAACUCCAAAGUCAGAAAGUGAAACAUCAACCAUUAAAACUGAAACUACACAAACAGCUGUAUCGUCUAGUAGUGGGGCAGGGGAAAUUGUGAGCAGUACUAGCAACUCCACUAGCGGGACAUUGCCCGUCAGUAACUUUGCACAGUUCUCUGCUAAGGAGUCGCGCGCAUCAGAAGGCAACAACAGUUCUGCUCUGCACUGGCUGGCAGACUUGGCCACACAGAAAUCGAAGGAUGACACAAAAGAAUCAGGUUCACUUCGUGCCAUGAUGAAUCGGGAAAUUCGGCCUCCUUUUGGCCUGGACUCAUUGACUGCCCUGUCAAGGCCUUCGGCCUCCAGCCCUAAACUUUUUAACAGUCUUUUACUUGGCUCCAACGCGGCACAGUCUAAACCUGAAGGUUCCAGUCUUCGGGAUCUGCUCAACUCUGGACCUGGCAAGCUUCCCCAAGGCCAUGGCGAGAGUGGGGUACCAUUUCCAUCAGUCUUUACCUCUGGAGGCAAUGACAAGCUGAAGAGCAGCCUUCCCAAUUUCUUGGACCACAUCAUUGCCUCGGUUGUGGAGACUAAAAAAGCUGAAGGCCGACGCACCGGAACUUCUGAGGGAAGUGAGCUUGGUGUGUUGGGAGCCCGGAAAGAUGGAAUCAUGGGCCUAAGUGUUCUUGAACCACACACCUCGCACUCUUGGCUCUGUGAUGGGCGACUUCUUUGUCUCCAGGAUCCCAGCAAUAGCAACAACUGGAAGAUCUUUCGAGAAUGCUGGAAGCAGGGACAACCUGUCUUGGUGUCCGGUAUACAUAAACGACUGAAAUCUGAGUUGUGGCGUCCGGAGGCCUUUAGUGAGGAGUUUGGUGAUCAGGAUGUUGACCUGGUCAACUGCAGGAACUGUGCCAUCAUUUCUGAUGUGAAAGUCCGAGACUUUUGGGACGGCUUCCAAAUCAUCUCAAAGAGACUGAAAGACAGUGAAGGCAACCCAAUGGUAUUGAAAUUAAAGGACUGGCCUCCUGGGGAGGACUUCAGGGAUAUGAUGCCCACCCGAUUCGACGAUUUGAUGGAAAACCUUCCUUUGCCUGAGUACACUAAAAGAGAUGGCCGGCUAAACCUUGCUGCUCGUCUGCCUAACUUUUUUGUACGACCAGAUCUCGGACCCAAGAUGUACAAUGCUUAUGGACUGAUCUCAACAGAAGACAGGAAAGUUGGCACCACCAACCUUCAUCUUGAUGUGUCGGAUGCUGUCAAUGUCAUGGUUUAUGUUGGAAUCCCUUUGGGAGAAGGAGACAUGGAGAAAGAGGCAGAUAUCAAUGGACGCCAAGAGGUCAUGACCACUAUUGAGGAGGGAGAUGUGGAUGAAAUGACAAAGAGGAGGGUGUACAAAGGAAAUGAGAAACCUGGAGCUCUCUGGCACAUUUAUGCAGCCAAGGAUGCAGAGAAGAUCAGAGAACUUCUCCGCAAGGUGGGGGAGGAACAGGGUCAGGAGAACCCUCUCGACCACGACCCUAUUCAUGACCAGAGCUGGUACUUAGACCAGGUUCUCCGCCGUAGACUCUAUGAAGAAUACGGUGUGCAGGGCUGGGCUAUUGUGCAGUUCUUGGGUGAUGCUGUUUUUAUCCCUGCUGGAGCGCCGCACCAGGUGCACAACUUGUACAGUUGUAUAAAGGCAGCUGAGGACUUUGUGUCUCCAGAGCAUGUGAGACACUGUUUCAGACUGACACAGGAGUUCAGACACCUGUCUACCACGCAUACAAACCAUGAAGACAAAUUACAGGUGAAAAACAUCAUUUAUCAUGCGGUGAAGGACGCAGUUGGCACACUGAAGGCUCACGACCCCAAACUAGCCCGCCCGUAG